AUUUCAGAAGUCUUGGUCUUUCCCCCUUUCCCUGAACUUUCACUCUCUUUCCCGCGGCUCCCCAACUCUCUCUUCUGUGUCUAUCUGUCAAAUCAUUAUCAACUGGGGUUUUCUCUCUCUCCAUAUUCAUAAUUCGGUUAUACUCCUUUUCAUCCCAGGCGCGUGGCUCAUACGGAGUUGAGAUGAAGAAGACAAGUUAGGAACUUAUACUUAUCACUUGGCCAGCUAAUUUAUUAAGUUCAAUCUGCGAUGGACUGCAACAAGGACGAGGCCCUAAAGGCCAAAGAGCUUGCGGAGAAGAAAUUGCUGAAUAAUGACUUUGAAGGGGCUAAAAAGGUUGCGGUGAAAGCAGAACGACUUUACCCUCAACUGGAGAACAUUUCCCAGUUACUUGCUGUCUGUAAUGUUCACUGUUCAUCUCAAAACAAAAUAGUGGGAUCAGAAAGGGACUGGUAUGGGAUUCUUCAAAUUGAUAAGUUCUCUGAUGAAGCGACCAUCAAGAAACAAUAUCGGAGACUUGCACUCGUGCUUCAUCCUGACAAGAAUAAGUUGCCUGGUGCAGAGGCAGCUUUCAAGCUAAUUGUGGAAGCAAAUAUGGUUCUCUCUGACCCAGUUAAAAGGUCUUCAUACGAUAAUAAGUGUAAAGUUCUAUCCAAAUCUUUCGUAGCAAGGCAACCACCUCAUCAGGUUAAUCGAUAUCCAUUUGUCAGGCAAAACAAUGUUCACAAUGGUUUCAAUGCUCCGUUCAAUAAUCUAAAUCACCGUCAAUCUACACAACCAGCUUCAUCUGCAGUGCAGGAAACGUUCUGGACAGAGUGCCCCUCUUGCAAAGUUAGAUACCAGUAUUAUAGUA